ACACUUCCGGUGACGUGGCUCCUCUGGAAAAGGGGAAGCCGUGGCAGGAAUGUUAGCUGCGGAAUCAGCUGGAGCGCUAGUCUACCUCACUGAGCUGGAUGGCAGGGACACACUGGUGGAAGAACUUCAGGAAUCACAACAGGGUGCUCUUUGGAACAAGGGACAGAUGAAAUCAAGAGGCGGUAGGCCCAGCUGGGCGUUGGCUGCACUGUUCACAGGUGCUGCCCUGCUGGUCGUCUCAUCCAGAGGGGCGUCCAGUGGUAAGAUGUCCCAGGCAGCCAUGGCUCAUGCCACAGCCACAGCCGCUGGAUCAGGCCCAGGGCUUCCAGAUGAGUUCCUAGGCUUCCAGGCCUUAGCUGACCUCUUUGCAAGUGAACGUGCCGAUGUCUGGCUCUGCUCUCUGGUUGGGUCUGUUGCUGUAGGCCUCACUGGAAUUUUCCCCCUUCUUGUUAUUCCUAUUGAGGCAGGAGCGGCCCUCGAGACAGCGGCUGGCUGUCGGAAGCUAAAGCAGCUCCUGAGCUUUGCCAUUGGUGGUCUCUUGGGUGACGUGUUCCUCCACUUGCUCCCGGAGGCUUGGGCACAUUCCCACUCCUGCAGCACAGACGAGAGCCAGCUCCACUGCAGGACCCAGGGCCUGUGGGUUAUCAUGGGUAUGAUGUCCUUCCUUCUCCUGGAGAAGAUGUUCCCAGAUGAGAACAGCCAGGAGGACUCCAUUGGUAACAGCCAGCAUGUCCCUACCUCCCAUAGCUCAGACUCCAGUAGUGAGGUGUUGUCCCACAUCAAUGGGCACCAUUUUGAUACUUGGAGCUCGUCCUCCAAGACAAAAAGCAGCUUGCAGCAAGUUCCAAAGAAAAUAAAGACGUGUGGGUACCUGAACCUCCUGGCCAACUGCAUCGACAACUUCACCCAUGGCCUGGCUGUGGCAGGGAGCUUCCUGGUCAGCAGGAAGGUUGGGUGUCUCACCACCUUUGCCAUCCUGCUCCAUGAAAUCCCCCAUGAGGUGGGUGACUUUGCCAUCCUGCUGCGUGCGGGGUUUGACCGCUGGAGUGCCGCCCGCAUGCAGCUAUCCACAGCCCUGGGAGGGGUGCUGGGGGCUUGUUUCGCCCUAUGUGCCCAGUCUCCCAGAGGGACAGAAAAUGCAACAGCGUGGAUCUUACCAUUCUCCUCGGGAGGCUUCCUGUACAUAGCCCUGGUCAAUGUGGUGCCUGACCUCCUGGAGGAGACCAGCCUCGGACACUCCCUGUUGCAGAUCCUGCUCCUGUGCUGUGGCAUUGCCGUCAUGGCAGUCUUGUCUGCCGUAGUGGAUUGAGCUCAAAAGACAAGCCUGCUUUACCAAAAUAUAAUUGAGAACAUCACCGCAACAUUCACUGGACUGGGAAGCAAUCCCCCUUUCUAUAAAGUUAAGUCCUCAGAUUGCACUCAAUCGCCCUUUUUUUAUAUGGAACUGUUUUUAAUACUCCACCUAGUGCCAAAACAUCCUAUCAGCAUGACCAUCAACAUGGAAGCGAUCUGACAAUCAGAACGGCACCUUGAAUCAUGAUACCUGCUUUUUCUAUCAGGACUCUAGACCAACUGUGUCCACCUUGUCUGCUGAUCUCUGACUACUGUCUGUGUGGACACUAAUGUGCCAAACCCAGACAGACAGACAUUUUGAAAUGGCAAGAGAGCUGAAGAAAGCUUAUUGAAGCUUUCAUGGAAGUAACUGGACUAUCUGAGAGCAUCAGACCAUAAUGGGUAGACACUCAGUCUCAUUCUGUUUUAUUGCACAUACUCAAACAGGUCAUAUCGGACACUUAUGAGCAGCUCAUGCAUACUGGUACAAACUUAAUCUCACAUGGCUUUACCAAACUAAAAUGCAUACACAUUUCCUUACAUUCUUCAAAUUAAAUGCUCAUGUGCUGCUUUCUAUUUGUCUCUUUCAGGCUAAUUUAUAUUUGUGUCUUAUUGGUUUCUGUAUCUGCUUAUACUGAUAAGUAUUUCAGAAAGUAACAUGGUGCAAUGUUUUUGUCAAAUUCUGUUGUGACUCCCAUCACGCACCAUUGCAUUUUGUAUAGGGUUAAUCUGUUACAUUGAUGUAUAUUCAAGCAAAAAGAGCAUGUAUUUUUCAAUUGCAUACAAUGCUAAUUUGUUAAGAGACACUCAGACAGAUAUAUUUGGAACUCCUUAAUUAUGAGAGCUUAAUUUCCGGAAAAUAUGGUUUAGAAAUGUUAUAAUAAUAUUAUGCAAAAUAUUUUUGAUCUUGAUUUUACUAUAUUGUGUUUUCAGAAAGUAUUCACACCCCUUGACUUCUUUCAUGUUUGUUACAAAGUGGGAUUGAAAUAUUUUUUUUAUCAGCAAUCUACAAAACUCACGUCAAAGUUUAAAAAUAUAUAUAUAUAUUGGAAAAUAAUUCACUGUCUUGAUUAGAUAAGUAUCCAACCCCCUGAGUCUGUUAAACCUUUGGCAGCGAUUACAGCUGCGUCUCUGGGUAAGUCUAAGAGCUUUGCACACCUGGAUUGUACUAUAGUUGCCCAUUUUAUUUAAAAAAAAAUCAAGUUGGUGGUUGAUCAUUGCUAGACAGCCAUUUUCAAUUAUUGCCAUAGAUUUUCAAUGAUGUCUUGGUGAUCAACUCGUGUAUAUGAAUAUGAAGUGCUACGCUGUUGUGUUGGACCCAAACAUAAUGCUUUGUAUUCAGAACAAAAAGUUCAAUUAUUUGCCAAUUUUUUUUCAGUAUUACUUAAGUGCUUUGUCUCAAACAGGAUGCAUGUUUUGGAAUAUUUGUAUUAUUUUCAGUCUGUCAUUUGUCAGUGUUGUGGAGUAACUAAAGUACAAUGUUGUUCCAUCCUCCAUUAAACUCUAUUUUAAAAUCGCCAUUAGCCCCAUGGUGAAAUCCCUGAGCGGUUUCCUUCCUCUCCGGCAACUGAGUUGGGAAUGGUGCCUGUAUCCUUGUUGUGACUGGGUGUAAUGAUACACCAUCCAAAGUGUUAACUGCAUCAUGCUCAAAGGGAGAUGUAAUGUCUGCCCCCCCCCCUCUAUUAUUGCGCAGAGUCCGUGGAAUUUAUUUGACUUGUUAAGCACAUGUUUACUCCUGAACUUUAUUUAGGCUUGCCAUAAAAGGGUUGAAUACUUAAUGAGUCAAGACAUUUCAGCUUCUCAUUUUUAAAUCAUUUGUAAAUAAUUAUUUUAUUCCACUUUCACAUUAUGGGGUAUUGUGUGUGUGUAUAUCAGUGACCCAAAACCUCAAUUUAAUAAAUGUUUAAUUUAGGCUGAAUACUUAUGUAAAUAAGGUAUUUCUGUUUUUUAUAAAUAUUUAUAAAAAACUGUUUUUGCUUUGUCAUUAUGGAGCAUUGUGUGUAGAUUGAUGGGAAAAAACUAUUUUAAUCAAUUUUAGAAUAAGACUGUAACGUAACAAUGUGGAAAAAGUCAAGUGGUGUGAAUACUUUCUAAUUGCACUGUAUUCACUCUUGGUAGUUGCACGCUCACAAGUUACACUAAGUGAAAGCUAUGGAGAUUAUGCAUCAAUAUGUUAUGCAAUAAAAUUCCACACUAAACAUG